AUGAGCUCUGAAACCACACCGCCGCAACCAGCAGCGGUGGGGAACGCGAGUAAGAGCCCCAUUGUGGACAAAGCCAUCAGCCUCUUCAACGCGACCGGGCAAAGUUCGUAUGAGUGCAAUAUCGAGACCCUGCCGCUUGGUUUCCUCUCUACGAAUCGCGUGGUGUCAGUGCUGGAGAAGGCCAUUGAGCGGCUGGAGCUGCUGACUCUAUUGGAUACAACCUCACCAGAGGAAAGGGCCGCGCGCCCACUCCUCCCUGGUGGCGGUGCCACCGCGAAUGCUGCAGGUGCCGAUAAUGCCAGGUCCUCCUCCUUCGCAGUACGUAAGGCGGUGAUGAUGCCUUCAAGUGGUGAGGAUAUGUCACGCAAGACGAUGCGGGAAGUCAAUUUGGCGUUGUUGGCCGUUGCAAACACGCAGCACACAGGGCGUCCCACGGUGGCGGAGUUGGUGGAGGAACGGCAACGACUGGAACGGCGGUACGGAGAGCUGCUGCGUAAGACCAAACAGGCUAAGCCGAGUCCCAAUGAGCCUGAGCUUGACCCCAGCUGCUUUGCCGCCGUUGAAGACACCGAGCGGGCAGUUGUCAUGGAGGAGCUCAAGCAGACUUCGCGAACCUUGCGAGAGCAUAACAAGGCGCUUUUCAUUCAACUGAAGGAUAACCCACAUGAUGCGGAUAACUGGAAGAAAAUUGGAAAUGAGCGGUACGAGUUGACGCAGUUGCUUCAGUCUUUAGUGCGGGAGCUAACAACAGGGUAUAACACGGCAAGGCUCUCUGUCUCUACAGGAGGAUUGCAACGCAUCAACAGUAAACGCCAACGCUUUGACAACACGGAGAGUUUGGGCGCAGAGUCUAGAGAAGCUACAAUGUCUUUAACUAAAAAUCGUUUUGGUAGUACCAUCCAAAUGAAGCGAAGCACGCGAGUCCCUUCAGCACCACGCGUUCCGCUCAUGUCUUCCUUUGAGAAGUUCGCCAAGCUGAUUUUGGACGAGCAGAAUGCCCAGCGUUGGGCCGACGAGCUUCUCAUCAAGGAAAAGGAAAUGAAUCAAAAUGUGAAGCAACUGCAGUACGAUCUCAAGGCGGAAAAGGCAUUAAAGGAAAAGGAUAUAGCAGAGCGUCGCCAGCAAAUUGAGAAGUUGAAGGUCAAACUACGCCUGGAGAAGAAGCAGGUGAAGCAGCAGAGUGAGAUGGUGCGUGCCGAGGUAGAGGCCUCGCAUGAGGCGCGGCAACGAAGUGCCCGUGAGGAGGAGCGCGUUGUGCUUGAUAAAAUACGUGGAUUUGAGCAGGAGGAACACAUGGAGAACCGGGUGCACGCGGAUUUUAAGGAGCAUAUCAUUGAGCGCACCGAGGCGAUGGAUGAGCUUGCGAAUCAGUGGGAUAGAAAGAACCAGAGUGAGAUCAAGCGGGUUGAGGCGCGCAAGAUUGAUGUAGAGCAGAUGCGGCAGAAUUGUGCAGAGCGAUUGGAGAAGGCAUUGCAGGAUAAGGAGUUUGAGAUGCAGCUCAAGCAACAACGCGAUGAUGAGAGACGAGAGGAGGAGUUGCAAAGAACGGCGGCGGAAACUCAGGCGAACUUGGAGUACGAUGCCGUGUCGCAGAUUCAGUCUGCAAUCCGAGCCAUGUUUACACGACAAGCUCUCACUGUUCUUAAGAAGAAGAACAAGAAGAAGCGCAAGGCGGAAAAGACCCAAACCCGGCAGUGA